AUGGCAGAAGAGAAAAAAGCAUUAUUUGUACUACCACCUCCAAAAUUCAAAGAUGAAGUGAAACAAUCUCUAGACAAUUUCAGUCGGCAUUUAAAUCCUCAUUUUUCAACACCAAAUGGAAUGUUAUUACCACAUUAUAAACAACCACCGCCAAUGUAUGGCCCUCGUGGUUCAACUAUCCCGCCACAAUUCAUGCACCCACGGAAAUGCUCGAGUGGUCCAGUCGAACCGAAUACAGGCAAAUAUCGAUGUGUCUUACCUACACCUGAUAGGUACAAACGUUACCCGUCUCGUAUAACAUCUAGGAGCAACGACGGCAAGGAACUCGACAAGGAGGUAAGGCCCGAGUUAUUAAUACUCGAUUGGAAGCUGUGGUGCGAAACAUGCGAUGUCAAUUGUCGUAGUGAGGAGGAAUUCGUGCUUCAUGUCCGUGACCAUAUGCCAUGCAACGUUGUUAGUUGCCAGUUUGUGGGACAUCCAAUGAUUAUGAAGAGACAUCAGCGGCAGGUGCAUGAUGAUAAGAAAAGUGCUACGAGGAACAUUAAAGCGCUUCCAUCAAGUGAAGAAAUCCAACAAUGGAAAGAAGAAAGACGAAAGCGUUACCCCACGAAACAAAAUGUGAUGUUACGACAAUUGGCUCAAGAGGAACGGUUUAAUCGAGGCGAACGUAUCGAUGCAAGAAAGGCCCGUUUUCCUUUUUUACGCGAACAAAAGGAGAAGAAAGACUUAGAUCACAAUUCGUGGCUUAACAAACGGGCAAAGCGAAAGAAAAAACCAAAAAAACAUUCCAUAACAGGAACAGUUCCAGUAACACAGAUAAAGAGAAUUCUUUUUGCUGGCACAUACUCACUGCCGGAUUACAGAGGAGCAUCGCGUAAACAUGACGCCCUUCGUAUGUUGGGAGAAUAUGGAACAGAUGACGAAGGCACAUCCGAUGAAUCGACGAAUCGACUAGAAUUUACUCCAGCUAUAGAUACGGAUCACGGAUUAUUUAGGAAAAAGCAGGAUCUAAAAGAUGAUUUUAUAAAAUACGAUGUAACAAGCUACGCAAGACCUGCUUGUGAUAAUUCUAUCAAGGGACACGAUCUUAUAAAACAUCAAAGAAUACAUUCUAACAACAGGGGGGAAUUCAAAAUGAUACAAGAAGAAAAAUUGGCAGCUAAUGAAAAACUGUCCGUACCUAAAAAUUCUGUUGAGAAAGGUGUCAAGCCAAACAUGAAUCAGUCUAAGCUCAGUAAAUCUCUUAAGCGAAGAAAUGUAGAUGUAAGAAAGGAGCAUACAAAUUUGUUAGAUUAUUCUAAACUUCGCAGAUCAAAUCAAAAUACAAUGUUGGAAAAGCUUUUAGAUUCGGAUAUUCGUCACGAAAGGAACAUUCUAUUACAGUGCGUUAGGCAUGUGACUUUAAAUAAAUUUUUCGGAAUAGGGCAGGCAGUGAUUGCAGGAGAGCAAUAAAGAAUAUGGUUAUGCAAAAAUGACUUCAGGGAAUAAAUACGAAUUGUGUAA